GUGCAGUUUAUUCCGUGUGACUUAUCGGACGGCUGGAAAUCGACCAGAUGGAAUUCAGCACUGCCUUCUUAACAGAUUCCUCACAUUUUAAAUUGUAUCGCACACAUUUUUAGCCGACUUUCCUGGUGACAAACAGCCCUGGCGUGACAACUAACCCUGAUCGGAGAGGCUCGGCUGCGCUGUGAACCGGGACAGAAGCGGACCAGGCAUUUAGAGAGACCCCACCAAACAUCUUACUGUCCCAAAGUGAGUGUAGGAGUUGAUCAUGCCGCUGUUUGGUAAAUCCCACAAGAGUCCGGCCGACAUCGUCAGGACCCUGAAGGAAAACCUCGCCAUCCUGGUCAAACAGGAUAAGAAGACAGACAAGGCAUCCGAGGAGGUGUCCAAAUGUUUGGUAUCCAUGAAGGAGAUUCUGUAUGGCAGCAACGAUAAGGAGCCUCACACUGAGACGGUGGCCCAGCUGGCCCAGGAGCUGUACAACAGUGGGCUGCUCAUAGCGCUGGUAGAAAACCUGCAGGUCAUAGACUUUGAGGGGAAGAAGGAUGUGUGUCAGAUCUUUAACAACAUCCUCAGGAGGCAGAUCGGGACGAGGAGCCCCACUGUGGAGUAUUUCUGCUCCCACCAAGAGGUCCUCUUUAUACUGCUGAAAGGGUACGAGAUGCCUCAGGUAGCGUUGAAUUGUGGGAUCAUGCUGAGGGAGUGCAUCCGUCAUGAGCCACUCGCUAAGAUCGUCCUCCACUCGGAGCAUUUCCACAACUUCUUCAACUAUGUGGAGAUGUCCACCUUCGACAUUGCCUCUGACGCCUUUGCCACCUUUAAGGAUCUCCUCACAAGACACAAAGUGCUUGUGGCUGAAUACCUCGAACAGAACUACGAUGCUGUGUUUGCAGACUAUGAGAAGCUGCUUCACUCUGAGAACUACGUCACCAAGAGGCAGUCUCUAAAGCUCCUGGGUGAGCUCUUGUUGGACAGACAUAACUUCACGGUGAUGACACGCUACAUCAGCAAACCUGAAAACCUCAAGCUGAUGAUGAAUCUGCUCAGAGACAAGAGUCCCAACAUUCAGUUUGAGGCCUUCCACGUCUUCAAGGUGUUUGUAGCGAACCCCAACAAGACGCAGCCCAUCAUCGACAUCCUGCUCAAGAACCAGACCAAACUAAUCGACUUCCUGAGCAACUUCCAGAAGGAUCGUACAGAUGACGAGCAAUUCAACGACGAGAAGACCUACCUAAUCAAACAAAUCAAGGAUCUGAAGAAACCAGCCUCAUAGAGAAGGUUCCCUCCCCUCAACCCUAACUUUUUAUUGAUAGGAAGACAUAGAAAAAAAACACAUUAACAAUAAUGGUUAUUCUAUUUAAAAAGAAAAAAAUCUUCAAGACGUUAUUUGUCUUUUUUUUUUCUCUUUGUUGGUUCAUUAAAACUUGUGCAAGAGUAGUUCUCAAUCACUGAUUUUUUUUUUUUUUGUAAUUUUUUUUCUCCAUGAUUUUUUUUUCUCCAUUUGUAGCAUGUAGCGCCACAACUCUCAGCGUUGGAGGCAGCUCAUUUGCUCUGUUGAGAGAACCAGCAAUUAAAAAGCUUCGGCCAAAAUGCUGAAAAAAAAACAAAACAAAAAAACAAAAAAAACCAAGAAAACAAAAACAAAAAAACAAACAAAACACAUGGCCAUGUUUAUUUCUGCACAUAACUUAAUUUCAAAGUGUUAAAAUGAAGUAGCUGCAAAUCAAAAAAGAACAAUGAAGAUUUCUUUUUAAUCUAAAUGUCUGGUUGGCAUCAGGCAAAGUUUAUGUUCAAAUGAAGUCACCUAAAGUUCAAAAAACACUUUCUCAGUCACUACUUAAAGCUCAGUCAAUCAAAUGACGAUGGUUAUUUCCAGCAGCCAAACGUCCACUUCUUAUCGUAUUGCCAAAAAAGCCACAAAGAAACAAAAAAUCCAGAGAUGCCAAAAUAAUAACAAUGACAAGUUAUGCUGUAAAUUUACAAUUUCAUGAGAGCAAUGCAGCUAAUAAUGUGAGAAGAAUGAGAGAAGCUUCACACUUUUUCAGAACUGUUCUUACUAUACAUUAAUCUGGACGUUGUUUUCACAGUUAAAUCUGUACAAUGUCAGAAGGAAGAAAAGAAGAUUUUAGAUAUGACAAAGAAGAGGUCCGAUUUUUACAUUUUACGAAGCUACAACCUGCAACAUUUUAGCUCUUUGAAAUAUUUCUUCCCCUAUUUAUUUCCGAUGGAUCAAUUAAUCUGUUUUAUGCUAAACUGAUCUGCCUUUCAGCUGUGUUUUGAUCUUUAAAGCCAAAUGCUAAACUGACUCAGCGCUAUAACAGACUCAAAAACAUAAUUAUUGCAGCAGUUAUUGUAUUUUUUUCAUUAAAUGUCCUGUUUACUGAUUGAGCCUCAGAUUAAACGACUGCUGUGCCAUCCCAUAAUGAGCCCAAAGUUAAUUAAGAUGGAUAAUAAUGUCUGAAAAAUGUCAAAUAGACAAAAAAAAGUCAAGAUUUUAGAUCCAAAUGCAUUGUUCUACAUAAGCUGAUACAUUUUGCAGUAAACUCCCUCAAUUCUAAUAAAUAAGCUUUAGUGAGACUGAGAAUAAAAGUGUUUAAGUGCACCACUGUCGAUUAAAGUUCUGUAGUUUUAACAAUUUUAUCUUUAAAAUGAAGGGCCUUUCCAGUUAUAAACACCAAUCAUUUUGAUCACUGGUUCUCUUUGCUGGUGGCUGAUAGCACUUUCUGUAUAAAUUUAAAAAUAAUGAUGAUUCAGAUGUGUUUUUUUUUUGUUACUCUUAAACCGAUCACUGUUUUUUUCCAUACUGCUUGAUGUUUUUUAUACAUAUAUAUAUAUAUAGUUUCUUUCUCAUCAUGUAAAGCUUUUUAUCUGAAGUGAGUGCCAUGAGUGAGAACACUGAACACGAACAGGAGGCACUUGGCGGCUGUUUGUGUUUACGUUUCACUCCUUUUCUUUCUGUACUGUAGCGGCUUUUGUUAGUUGGUGUUUUUUUCUGAGUGGGGAACAGGAGAUUCAGAGGUGCCUUUUUGGUUUGGUGUGGUUUCCCUUCAUCUUUUUCGUGAUUCUUUUGUAUCUUUCUAGGGGGAGCUUAAUUAUUAUCUUCAUGAAAAUAUGCUCUUGGAAGAACAUAUUUGUUGUGAUUAAGCAGUGAACCUCUUAACUCACUAUAUUUGAGUUACGUGUUUAAGUUUUUACACUAUUUUUUUUUGCCAUUGUGUACAGUUUCUCGCGGACCUUCCUGCUAAAACAGCCUUCAUUUAGGAUGUGAAUAAAUAAUAAUAAUAAUAAUAAUAAUAAUAAUAAUAGUUAUGAGCUCAUCGGCCAAAUGUUCAAAUCUUUCGUCCAUUUGUACCCAGAUUAGAUGUAAAACCAAACUGUGAAAACACAUCGAAACAAACAUGCUGGUUCUCCAUUCUACAAAGCUCUGAAUUUAGCUCCCAAUGAAUAUUUGAUGUGUUUCUUUUAGUAACUGAGGUUUUUUUAAUGAUCAUUAUUAUUAAUACAGUAAUAAUUAACCUCUAACUUUGUACAGUAAACAGCAGACUUGUGGUUAGCAGUCACAUGUCCAAUCAAAGUGAAAUUGAAAGGUGGUUGUGAGGUACAAUAGGGUGAAACUAAUUGUAAAUUCACAGUUAAGUAAUAAUUCUGAAUUUAAGAUGAAAUAAAAUUAAGAUAAUGACAUUUUUUAGCUGUUAAUCUUUAACUUGCUUGUUCUUCCUUACAUUGUUGGGCUAAAAGGAAAAAAAAUAAUUUUCCCUUUUCUGAUAUUUUGGGUUAAAACUGUGACAGUGUUGCACCUACAUGACAUAAAAAUGAGAAGAUCAACCAGCUUUACAUUAGACUUGAGCCAAAUGCAUUCGAUUCUUUUGUUUUUUGCCUGAUUUUCAAAUUGAACAAUGAGACACAGGUUCCAGCGCCAUGUUUUCCUCUCAGCAGCCACACUGAUGCUAUUGUACCACAUUUGCAACAAAUAAAAGGAUGGGAAUGCA